AUGGCCGGCUCCCGGCUCGUCCAUCUCUUCCUUCUCAUCCUCUUCGUCCCCUCCCUCCGCGCCGCCCCCAACACCACCGCCGUGGUGUCCAGGAUCGCAUUUGGCUCCUGCGCCAACCAGAGCGCGCCCCAGCCCGUGUGGGAGGCCAUCGUGGGGUUCGACCCGCAGGUCUUCAUCUGGCUCGGGGACAACGUCUACGGGGACAACAAGCGCCCGUUCCGGGUGUUCGGGAGGGAGCGGACGGUGGGGCCCUGGAGGAACGUGCCGCGGUUCUACCCGGCGACCGAGGAGGAGCUGCGCGGGAAGUACGAGCUGGCCAAGGCCAACCCGGGGUACGCCAAGCUGAGGGAGAGGGCUAGGGUCAUUGGAACAUGGGAUGACCAUGAUUAUGGAGUGAAUGAUGCAGGAAAGGAAUAUAGUGGAAAAGUGUUCUCCCAAAGGCUUCUAUUAGAUUUCCUGGAUGAAGAUGAAGACAGUCCACGGAGGAAGCAAGCAGGUGUUUAUGCCUCAUACAUGUUUGGCCCUGAAGGAAAACGUGUAAAGGUAAUAAUGUUGGACACCAGAUAUCACAGAGACCCACUCUUAAGUGAUGGAACUAUACUUGGAGAUCCUCAGUGGCAGUGGCUGGAGAGGGAGCUACGUGGUCCUCAGUCAGAGAUGACCAUCAUUGGAUCUUCAAUUCAGGUAGUGUCCAAUCUUUCUGCCACCACUAGACCUUUGUUCUAUGUGGAGUCCUGGGCACGCUUUCCGAGGGAGAGAGAACGGCUAUUUAAACUGAUCGAUACUAGUAAGAGAAAUGGGGUCUUAUUUAUUAGUGGCGAUGUUCAUUUUGGAGAAAUCGCUCGUUUUGACUGUGGUGCUCAAUAUCCAUUGUAUGAUAUUACCUCAAGUGGUCUUACCCAGUCUGUCGAGAAUUCUGUACCAGCAGUAUUCCAAUCUGUUAUGAGACUUCUGGCUUGGCUGACACCAACCCCCAUGCGAGUCUUCAGCCCUAACUGCCGUCACAAAUCAUGCUCAUAUGGUCAGCCAAAUUUUGGAGCAAUCGAAAUAGAUUGGAAUGCAGUAACUCCACGGGUUAAAAUUGAACUAAGAGAUUUACAGGGAAAUUCUGUUGAUGGCGUGGAGUUCCCUAUAUCUGAGCUGAAGCCAUCAAAUGCACAUGCAAACAAAAAAGGAGGGCAUUCUUUUGAAGCACAUUGUAGUCUUGAAACAGAGCUUCCAUGGCUUGUACGACACCGCCUUGCGCUGCUGUUCUUUGGCACCAUUGCCGGUUUUUGUCAUUGCUGUGGUGCUUCUCGUAAUCGCCUGCUGCUCAGCUACUAA